AUGGAGGUUAAUAAUGCAGCGAAAAGCAAAAUCAAUGUGGAUACAAAUGGAGCAAGAACAGGCUUUGAUCGAUUUCAUUAUUCAGGAUCUGACUCCUACUUUUCCACAAACAAGCCUAAGAAUAGCUUCAGAGACAGUGGGUUGCUGUCAUAUAACCCAUUGUUGGACUGCCCUGUGCAAGACUCUGCACCACUGCCUCACAGUGUUUGGCCAACUGAGGAGGAAGACUGUAAAUCAAUGAACUGGCCUCAAGCCAUACCUAAUAACAGAAAUCUGGUAGAUGCCAAUAACUGUGGGAGUGAGGCCGAUCUUUAUGGAUUAGUGUCAGACAUCUUGGAAGAACCAGAUUCAAUGGACCUAUACUCCUCAUAUGUCUCAGAGAAUAAGAUACCAUCUAGUCUGAAAGGUGUCUGGUCUCCAAAGUUGACAAGAGAAGACAGGAUGCAGUACCUCAAUAAUGGGAUACAGAUGCCACCCAUUUCUGGAUUCCCAACAAAACAGAUUUGUCCUAAACCAGUCAGCAAUAUUUCUCCUCAGCUUGCUGGUAGAGAAUCUCAUCAGUGGGUCGGAUUUCAAAAUUGCAAUGGUUUUGAUUCUUUUGCACUUCCCUGCAAUUUCUCCACCUGUAACGGAGAGGCUGACACAUACUCUCCUCAAGAUACCCCUCGUCCCCCAGGCCUGAGCACACCCCCAACAUUAAGCUCUAGCCUCUACCAGACCAGGCCUGGUAAACCUGAGGAAGGAUACUGCAGCACCACUAACUGCCUUUCAGAUUACAUAAACUCAGUCAACAACUCCUGUUGCCCUCCACAAUCAAUGGAUGACUCCUUUUUCAGUUCAUCUCAUGAAUUUUCCUCUGUGAGCAAAGAUGAACUGAAAAACACCCAGUUGUUUUCUGUGCAGGAUGUCAGUAAAUUGGCCUUUCUUUUGGCAGAGCAGGAUAUAAACUAUUGCAGAGAAUCUAACCAGAACGGUCUUUUAGCAAGGAGGAAUUUUGAGGAAAUCACGACAGACCAGAAGAGUCAUGCCUUUCAAAGGAUGUCAGAGCUUAUUACUCAAACACCAGAUUUUACGAAUGAGGUGACACGCAACCAUAUGGAGCAAAGAGGAGCUAAAGUAGCGGAGAAGAAACAAGGUCAUUAUGCUACAAAUGAAUUUUCAAGGUUUGGGCCACCAAAGUCUUUUUCUCCUACCAUUGUGCCUCCAGCUUUCCACCCAAAGAAAGAAGCUGGUCUGAUAGGAAAUGGCACUGCCCAAAAGUGUGUAAAGCAAUACCAGCCUAUCCAUUCAAACCAUUACCAAAAACAAGCUAAGAUCUCAGCAAAGACCACCUGCAACAAUGAAUUGCAGGGUUUUGCAAAACUCACAAACACAUCCGGGGCUGUUCCAUUGCUUCCUUCCCAGCAGUUGUUCCAACCUUCAGCGAGAAUCUCAGCUGAUUUGACUCAGGGGAACACAGUAAAUCUACAUGGUGCGAUAGGCCAGGUCAGUCUUGAAGAUUUAAGGAAGGGAGCUGGAAAUGUGGAUAUUUCAGAUUUUGACCUCCAGCUGGAGAACAACAGGUUGUCGGUGGGCCUUAUGAAUGAUGGGUGUUUUUCUCAGAGAUUUAGCAUGAAACCCAAACUUCCUGGUUUCCCUAAAGAGGCAGACAAAAAAACAGGGCUUCUCCAGAACCCAUAUCAGGGACUGGCCAGUUUCUAUGGAGGACAAAUGAGACAUAACGGAGCAAGUUCAAACUCGCCCAAAGCUAUACCAUCACAACUUUUCCCAUUCCUAUACCAGAUGGGUGAUCCCAGAAAAAGCACAUGCAACACAAUUCAGUCACAGUUGCCCUACUGCUCUGUGCCUCUCAUCGACAUGAAUGAACGUCUGCCAGAUGGAGAUGUUUCAGCAUUUAGCCCUUAUCUACAAGAAUGUAUUGGGCUAAGCCAAGCAGGAGAUGGGUCAUUCUCCGGAUUUCUGUCGGCCAUGACUUUACCCAAGUUUGGCAAGACACUCGGAAGCCCCAACAGUCAGCUACACUUUUACUUGGAGGAAUGUUACGAGCAGUGGAGGACGCUGGAAAAAGAGAGAAAGCAAGCAGAAGCUGUUCUUACUAAGACUUACCCAGGAAAACGUGUGUCUGUGGUGACCAGUAGUGUUUUACCCAAAAUGCCUCCAAAUCCCACCAGACUGGACCGCCUCAUUGUAGACCAGCUGCGCGAACAGGCCAGGGUGGCAGGCUUGCUAGGCAAGAUGGAGCAGUUGCGCAGUUUUCCAUUUCAUGCUAAUAUUGGCUCAGCAUUGGACAGGCAUCUUGAGGUCAUCUACAUCACUCAGGCACGCCGCAAGGACGAAUUCAUCAAUGCCAGCAGCAGACAGAGGCAGCCAGUGGCCUUGUUUAGAGAGGACAGGGAGAUCCUUCUGUUGGCAUCUGCAGUGAAGGAUCUGUGCAGCAGCACCAGAAAGGCCCGGACCGCUCUGUGGUGUGCGUUGCAAAUGACUUUGCCCAAAACGAACAGUUACCCAGAGGAUAGAGACAAGUUGGGUAUCUGCUCCCCUUUAGGCCAAGACAGUCCUGAGCAAAUCAGCUUGGAGAGAGCACUGACUGGACUGUGAUCAAUUUCUGGCAGGUAUCAAGUUUUCUUGUGUGUGGUUUUUGACACAAAACAAGCAUCUAACCUGUCUAGAUUGCAUUUUAAGAAGAAUGCAUUUU